CAAUAAAUUAGCUUUGAGAAUCACACACAGACGUAACAGGAGGAGAUUCACCACAUACAACAUGUUUCUUUGCUUUCUUGUUUUGUCCCUGUGUGCAAGCACAGUGAAAUCCCUGCCUUCUAAUUCAUCCACAACUGCACCCCACCCGAUGACUUCGACAAAAGAAAUACCACCGAAAACAAAUAUACCACUGAAUUGCCCGCAUCUUGUGGCCACACCAGAUUACCCAGUUGCUGCAGGUCAAACAGUCGAGCUACGCUGUCAAACAAUAAUCCCAUCACAAAACAUAAGCUGGUCCAGGUCUCAUCUUCAAAAUGAGAGCUGGGAAAAUGUGGGUUCAGGUCAUGUACUGGUUCUCACCGAGCCCAAACAAACUGGGAUGUACAGGUGUGAAAUCCGCAAUGCUGGGAGUGUGGCGUGUGUGAGCCAAAAUCACGUUGUGUACAUCGUCUCCAUAUCAACAGAGCAGCUAGGAAAAGCAGCCUUUGCCUUUACUAUCUUGUUCUUGAUUGGCAUCAUUGCCGGUCUGGGCUGGUUCUUUUGGGAAAGAUCUAGCAAUAAACUGAGCGCUUUGGACACUCCAAAGAAAGAUGUCCCACCAUCUGUCCCACCUGAAGUAAUCCCGAAGAAUUUGCCACAGACGAGUGAACCUGAUGCGGAUGUCUACAUGAACUAUACAAGCGGGACUCAGCUUGUAUAGUGACCUCAACCCUUCCAACCUCACAGGGGAAGAGUUUUACUCCUCUCUGUCAUAAAUGGUGAACUGAG